AUGGACCCGCGGUCCCGCAACUACUCCAAUGGCACUGGGAGUACGGGAAGACCUAGCAAUGAGAGUCGGCGUCCGCCUGGGGCCCCUGGAGGAGCGCCGGCUUCUGAGCGCUCUUCUGCACCCUCUGGAUCAGGAAUGUCACGCGCGGAGAAAUUCGAAGACGAAAGACGGAGGAUCACCGCGAGCUGCUUCUCGAAACUGGAACCCAAUGGGACGCUAACUGAGUCCUACAUCACGCAUAUCCGCAUCACGGAAGAUGCCGCAUACCCGCAGUCUCCCCCCCCGCCCAGCUCGGAUCCUAAGAACAAGAAGCAGAGAGUCAUCGUGAUUGGGGUGAAACAUACUACAAGAGUGCAAGUUCACAAGGGGCGCGAGAAUCAGAAUGGGAGUUUCUCCAUUGGCAAGACAUGGCAUAUGGAAGACCUCUCCCAUAUCGAGAACUAUGUGAAUAUGGAGACUCCGCGUGGUGAGGAUGUUCAGUUCAAAGAGUGGGCAGGUGUCAGCGGGUUCCUAGUGACCAUCAACAAGCCAUACUACUGGGAAGCAAACACGGCGAAAGAGAAGGAGUUCUUCAUUGGAAGCCUAGUCAAGAUUUACACCAAGUACACUGACAAAUUUGGUCGAAAAGAAGGGAAAUACCCUGUCAUGUCUGGUUUCGGUCUUGAAGAGCUCAUCACUUUGACGGAUAAUCGCCCGUUCGCCGCAACCGAAGCUGGGCGUGCGGCCUACGACAGUUGGAUAAGACCUUAUAUCGACACUGAAACUAAACCGCCUCCGAACGAUCCUGGCCCUUACGUUGAAUUGAGAAGAGCUUAUGAGGCUGCAAGACAGCCAAGGCCCAGUCCUGGUCCUGGUCCCGGAGUCCCGCGACCUCAAGGUUUGCCGUCGCCGCGUGAUAUCGGCCGAGCACCGCCCUCAGAAGCGCGAGAUAUGAGACGUAUGAUGCCCCCGGAAGACAGGAACCUGAACCGCAAUCUAUCGGAAGAAAGAGAUAUGAGGCGCAUGCCUCCACCAGGAGAGAGGGAUAUGAGGCGACCGCCGCCUCCAGGAGACAGAAGGCCUCCACCCCGCGGACCACCUCGACCUGACGGAGAACCGCGGCAAAGACGUCCAGGACCACCGCCAAUGCCAGUUGGAGGAGAUCCUGCCGUUUUCAGUGCGUCCGCCGGAGACGGUCGUUUGCCGCCUGCGUCUCCUCGAUUUGCGCCUGCUGGCAUGGGCGCGCUACCUCCACCAGGGCUGCAAGCUGGUCGUGGAAGACGACCUUCUAUGGACCAGAAUUUGCGCAACCGUCCCAGCAGGGAGGCGCUGAAGCCCUCGGCCAGUCGAGAACGCUUACAGCCGAUGCCCGGGACGAUACCACCAGUACCCGUUCCCUCACCAUCGCGACUAGAUCCCCAAUCAUCGCGAUCUGAUUUGCGGCCCAAAACUCCAGACACUAUAGCAAGCGCUUCAUCCAUUCCCUCCAGUAUUAGUCCGGGUAGACCCUCGUUCCCAGAUGAUGCUCGGUCGCAAAGGUCGGGAAAGUCCAUGGAGCGACCAUCAUUCGAUGGGGCAGGUUCAAGACCCUCUCCUGUCGAGGACCAAAGGUCGAAUACAAAUGGAUACCCAACACCGCCGAUGCGACGUGACCCAUCUCCUAGAGGCCUCCGACCCGGCACUGCUCAAAGUACUGCCAGCUCCUUCCAAUCUCGGAGCGAAGACCCUCCGACUGAAGAACCUCGGCAAAGAACUGCUCCUCCAGAGCGCAGGAGGCCGCCAAUGGAGCGACCAGCAGCAUUGUCAAAGCAGAGUUCCGAAGCCGCAGCCAGUGGUCCCAACACAGAAUUUCAUACGCCGGCUCAGUCCCCACCACCCGUUGAACGGGUUCCACUGGAACCUCCACCCAGGAGAAGGCCCCAGGAAAUACCCGAGAGGCCUAGGCCUUCCCCUGCUGAGGCACCAGCCCCUGCCUUCGAAGACGCACUUCCGGAUCGCUUACGGGCAGGACCUUCUCCCGCGCAGAUGCUACCACUUGCACAACCUCCACCACCACCGACUUCUCCACUUCCGCAAAUUCCUAAGGCGUUCGAUCAAAAGGAACGCUCCCCUGUAGUAGAGUCACCUGUAACAGAACAACCCCCGGCAGUGGUUGAAAUACCCGCAAUAGAGCCCCUCAAAAACGGCGCCAAAGAAAUGGAAAAAGAGUCUGAGGUCGCACCAGAAGUAAAGCCGAUCUCAAGCACAACGGACGACAAGGAGCCCACGUCAGCUUCCACCGUUAGUCCCGUGGAGAACAAGCUGGGCAAAGCCGGCGCUGCGAAUGCUUUCCGAAAGAUCGCUAAAGCUGCAGGCGCCUUCAAUAACGCCGGGUUUGUGCCUCGUGCUGGUGGGGCUGCGGCGAAAAGACUGCAACCAGACGAGAAGAAGUCUGACGAGCCUGAUGGCAUUAGUGCGGUAUUCGUUCCCAAAAGACCUGCACCGAAAGAAGAAGUCAGAGAGAAGGAAGAGGACGUCAAGCCUAAAGCCGAAGCGGACCGAUCAUCGAAGGACCGCCUGUCGAUACAGACCGAAAUCGUUCCUGAAGUCAAGGUUUCUGCGCCCCUGUCGCCGACGCCUGUGACUCUCAAGAACGAGGGACCGAAGCUGCCUGCGCGUGCUGCGUCACCCAGCGUAGAAGCUGAGCAAUCUGCAUCAAAGACUCAAGCCGAACCCGAAGUGCGGCGCAAGAGACGAAGGUCCAAUCAACAGAUGACGAACAUCUCUAGAUUGGGCAUUGACCCGAACAUAUUAGACGAACGAGGUCUUGAGUUCGAAACCCUGCUAUCUGAAUUUGGAUGGGGUAGCAGCGAGCUCUCAGCGAAGAACAUUGAGUCUCUAGAAUCCGACAUCAAGCGCGAGAUCGCUCGCGUAGAGGCGGGUAGCUGGCUGAAUCACCUUGAGCAAAAAGAUGAUCGCGUCGAGGCUGUCGAAAAAUUACUAGAUCGCGCAAUUGCUGAAUGCGACGAACUUGAAGGUCUCCUUACUCUUUACAAUGUGGAGCUUAGCAGUUUGAACGACGAUAUCGCCUUUAUCGAAGCCCAGAGCCAAGGCCUACAAGUCCAGACGGCCAAUCAACGUUUGCUACAGAACGAACUGAAGCAACUCGUUGACACCAUCUCCAUAACGGAGGACCAGCUUAUACCGCUUAGACGUGAACCCAUUGGUAAAGUCAACGGUCUACGGGCUAUCGAAGGUUCCUUGGUCCUACUCUACAAGGCCUUAAUCACAAUCGAUCCCGCUUUCGUCGACAGCAGCCGCGCUGUUGGUGCAGACAGUCUCAACAAAAUCACCAAUUCAGGUUUCGGCAACAGUGAAUUGGCUUCGAUGCAAGCGCUACAGGAAAAGAAGGAUCGAUACCUCAACGAGGGUGCCGUAUUUUUGGACCGACUCAAGAAACACAUGGAGAUCACGUUCGGCGCGGCGUUCUUGCAGACCAGGGAGACCCUGGAACGUAUUGAUACGACGUCAAUGCCAUCGACCAAAGCUAAUAUCGCGGCGCACGAUGCUGGCCGAGAUACACUGUGGAUGCUCAGCCCAGUAGUUUUAUUUGCGAAGGAGAUCGACCGAGCCUCUUGGGACACCCUGCUCCGCAUGUACCAGAACCAAGCCGGCGCAGCUUAUCAGAACGAGGUCCGGGACAAUAUCUUAUCCUGGAAGCGGUUCGCCCGUAAACCCACUGGCGAUGAGCAGGAACUCUUGUUCACCGCGCAAGAAAAGGAACCCGAAAGUAUCACUGGUGCCGCUCGGAAGCUUACUGUAAAACGAAGCCAAACUCUGGCUCGUGGCCUUCGAGCAGCUUCUGGCGAUAAAGAAGUCAAGUCGAGCAAGUCUCAGGACGGGAAGCUGUUUGCCUUUGACGUGUUCGCUAGGGUCCUUGAGGAUAUUGGCCCCGUGCUACUGACCGAACAGAACUUUGUGACGGAGUUUUUCCACGCAACUUCCACUGACUCUGUCGAUUUCCCAGAGGCCGUGGCAAGGGCAAAUCCUGAAAACCGUCGUGGGCCGAAUCUUUGGGUCCGAAAGCAGUAUGAGGCUGAUAGAUCAAUGGCCAAACGUGUGGCUGAAGUCAUGGAGGAUAUCUUCUCAUUCUGGCCUACAGAAAUUCAGAACUUGGUGGAGUGGGCUGUGAAUGCCGACCCCUUACAAGGUGUGGGUAUUCUUUGCGCUGUCGAUCGUAAAUUGGUUGAGAUUGAGGAGUCUAACCAAGACUUCCUGACCCGAAACCUGCAGAAGGUGCAUGAGCGUUUGACCGGCCUUUUUAGCCGUUUCGUAGACGAACAGAUCCGAGCUAUCGAAGACACCAAGGUGAAGAUCAAAAAGCGUAAGGGCGUGAUUGCGUUCAUGAAAACGUUUCCUCACUUUUCUAUGGCUAUUGAGAACAUGUUGCCCGCGGCAGACGAGCAAGAACAUCUCGAGAUACGCCGUAUGGUUGAUGAUGCGUACCAAAAAAUCAACAAAGCGAUGUUCGAGAGCUUGAAGGUCAUCGCCAAGGAGUCACCAGCGGUCAUGGCUACUCAAGGGCAAGCUGAUCCUGAAGACAAGGAAGCGCUCAACUACCACAUCCUCCUCAUUGAGAAUAUGAACCACUACCUUGAGGAAGUCGAUGCACGGUCUGACCCAGUGUUGAUGGAUUGGAAAGUGAAGGCUCAAGAUGAAUUGAGGGAGCACAUGGACCUCUAUGUGGACGCUGUUAUCCGCCGACCGCUGGGCAAGCUCCUGGAAUUCGUCGAAUCAACGGAAACGCUGCUCACCCAGCCCGGCGCAAGCGCACCAGCGAUCGCCCAGCGAUCGUCCCACUCCCGCUCUGUCUUCAAGAAACUAGUGCACUCUUUUGACGCCAAGGAAAUCCGCAAAGGUAUCGAAGCCCUCAAGAAGCGCGUCGACAAGCACUUCGGCGAUGCCGACGACCCAACGAUUAGCCGUGACCUUGUCUUCAAGGUUCUAAAAGAAUGCGAGAAGAAGUACGACAACGUCUAUGACCGCACGAUCCAUAUCAACCAGGACGUGUACUCUGGAGAGGUGGAAAUUGACUGGAGUUCGAACGAUAUUGCCACUGCUUUUAGGAGGUAA